AUGGCCGCAGCUCAAGCUGAGCCAUCAGUGCUGACUGGAGGUCCCUGGCGUGAUCGCCGGGCAGCCAUAGCAUCCCUUGCGCAGCAGAGCGAGGCGGACUUCGAUUUCUGCUUCCAGACGGUGCAGGCUUUGGUGCCCCUCUUGGAACACCAGCGCUGGCGCACACGUGCGUUGGCCAAAGUGGCACUCCGACGCAUCGGAGAGGAGGCUUCCGCGAAUGCUGUGGCUGGGGCACUUGAGCUCCUCGGUCCCUGUGCUCGUGAUGUGGAGGCGGAGGAGCCCGCGCAAGCUUCGGAGAGGGAGGUCGAAGCGGAGCAUGCGGAGCAUGCAGAGCUUGAUGCCGGAAGCGAGGAUCUGAGCGACCGUGUUGUGGCUGACGUUGCCAUUCCAGCUCAAAUCACCAGGCCAAAGCCGAUGCCACAACCCCGCGAUGCUUUCAGCACCUGGAGGUCUCCAUCCUCAGAGGAUUUCUGUGCCUUGAGCCGCCGCAGCUCCGAGGACGACUCUUCAUACAAGGCACACUCGAUCAGUGCUAUCGAGGAAUCGGACACCUCUCAGCCGGAAGAGCCGCACCCGUCCACUUGUGAGCACCCGCCGCUUGAUGACUUGCCGAUCUCCGCCCUGCGAGCCGUGCAUAUCAUCGCUGCUCGCGGAGAUGUGCCUGGCUCGUCAGUGCCGGUAACCUUGCAGCUUCGGGCAGUGCGCACAGCCCGACGGUUGCUCGCGAACUCGGCAGGUGGACAACCUCGGGCAGCUGCGGUGAGCGUAUUGGGGGACUUCGGCGGCAGUGGGGACUUGGCCGAAUUCCGUCGGUUGGGCGUGGCCAGAGACCAGGUCCUCGAGGGCUUUGCCAAGGGAGGGAAGAAAGGCAAAGAUGCCAAGGGCUACCCUGGUAGCCCUGGCGGCUUCCCCACGAAGGGCUAUGGGAAGUCAGGAGGCAAGGGCGAGCCGGACGCGUGGCAGAUGGGGCAGAUGUCCAUGAAGGGCAAAGCCAAGAGUCCUUUUGGUGACGGAAAGGCCGGCAAGGCUCCCCCCUUUGGGUCAAGUGCUUUGAAUGCCUCGAAGCUUCGCCCUGCCUUGUUGCAGGGCUUCGGCCUGAAGGGCCCAUCUAUGGGCAAGGAGGGUCUCGGGAAGGACGGCGGCAAAGCCAAGGGCCAGUCUGCGGAGCUCGCCUGGCACUCGAUGCUCCAACAGCUCCCGCCGUGUCAGGAUGCUGGCAUGAGACCGUUGGAUCGAUCAUCCGCGGGGAUCGCAGACAUGUGGCAGUCUUGUGAUGCUGGCGUCUGA